CCCAUUUUUUUAAUUUUCUUCCGUACCUUAGCAUGAGAGUGCAACCGUACUUUUACACCUACACACACACAUUGAAGUUUAUAAAUUCUUACCCACCUAUAUCACCUUUUCUUUACUCACAACUCAACAAAUAUCCAAUACUAUCUCCUUCCCCCAUUUUUUUUUCUUAAUAAACAAACUUUCCAAUUGUUAACUUUAAAUAGUAAUUAUGGAGCAUCCUCAGUAUUAUGCACCCUACCGCCUUGCGGACUCAUCAUCUCUAGGAUUUCCUCUUGGCACUGCCUUUCUCUUGGUUGCUGUUUUCAGUCUGAGUGGUAUAUUUUCUUGCUGUUAUCACUGGAACAGAAUCCGCUUGCUUCGUCGACGCGCAGACCUCGAAGCAGGCGAUGAUCCUGCUUCCGUCAAAUAUAAACUCAAUUAUAACAUGAGUGAAAAGCAGAACCAAAGCCAAAACAUGCCUGCAGUGUUAAUGCCAGGUGAUGAAGUUCCAAAAUUCAUAGCAUUGCCAUGUCCAUGCCAGCCACCACGACCGGAAAAGGUAGCUGAAGAGGUGCAGCUGCCGCCUUCGCCUUCACCUAAGCCAAUUCGUAUGGUAGUGGGAUUACUUUUGUAGAACUGAUUUUACAACAUUGGUGUGUAAUGUAUAGAUUCAAUUGUGGUUCAACCAAAUUACCAAGUUUUUUAUUUGUAAUUAACGCACCAUUUGUCCAAUGCCUGCUAAAGUGAUUUGUUCAGUGCAACCUUAACUAAAACUUCCCCAAAAUCACAACUAAAAUUUUUGACGUUGGUAAGUUCAACGUAUUUUGACUUGUACGUUUAGGUUCAGGACCAAAAGUCUCCAUUUUGUUUGUAACAUUAAAGACUAUUAUACAUCAAGGAUUAUUUAAAUAUCCUACUCACAAAUAUUGUAAGUUUU